ACUUCAGUUUCGCUUCCCCUCCUGCUCAGAAAUAUAAGAAACUCCCUCAGUCUCUGUUUCAAACAAACAAGGCGACCAACAUGGACACAGUCAUCUCUCUCCUUGUUCUUUUUACGCUACCACAGUUUGUAGUACCUCAAGGCUAUGUCACCUCAUUCAGAGCUGUCGCAGAGAUGGUGACUGGGAAUUCAAGGAUCUUCUCUGGUGAGAGUAUCCGGCUGAGAUGCAGCAUUCCUGAUGACCACAGGUCCACCUGGAGUUACUUGUGGUUCAAGGAAUCUGAGCAGCUUCCACAGCGUGGGGAGCACCUCGUUCUGUGGAAAGCCCACAUUAAAGAUUCUGGGAAAUUUUACUGCAAAGGAGUCAGAGACACAGCAGUGGGAAACACAUACACCCUCCUAAGUCUGCCUGUAGACAUCAAUGUGGAUGGAGGGUGGGCUAUCCUGAAAGCCCCAUCUCAUCCCGUCCUUGUUGGAGACACGUUGAAGGUCACGUGUCUCGUCCGUGCUACACCUGAACUUCGUCAGGUUAUUCUGUACAAAGAUGGCAUUGAAGUUAUGAGACGAGACGGAGACAAGACGGACCCAAAUUUCUUCCUCACCAACUUGACUCCCAAGGACGAAGGAAUGUAUUCUUGUAGGGCUUCCUGGAACGUGCAGAGACGCACACUAUCUGUAAUUUCAUCCAACACUCCAGUGCAGGUCUUAGAGGUCCUGUCACAGCCAGUUUUGGAGAUUGUUACCACCGGUGAACUGAUCCCAGAAAACAAGAUGAAGCUUGUCUGCCACGUCCAAUACAACGCCCCUGCUCCUGCCCCUCCAAGAAGCUACUAUUUCUAUAAGAAUGGCAAUCGACUAGGAACAGCAAAAUCUGACAACAGUGAUGUGGUCAAACAGAGUCCAGGCCGGUACAGCUGCAAGGUCAAGGUGCCUUUGUUGGGCCUCCUCAGGUGGAGUGAGCCUAAAAGCUUUGGACAAGUGACAGAACCACAGACGAGAACCCCUCAAAUUUUGGUGGCCAGAGGUACAUCUCCUCGUUCCACAGACCCAAUUGGACCACAAACAACAAAACCUCCAAUUCAUCCCACAACCCUGAGACCUUUAGCUCCAUCUAUCCCAUCUCUGCCUCCUGCAGCUGAGCCAACAAUAACCUGGCCUUCUCCUCCCCAAACCACUGAAACUCCUGCUUCUAUUCAGUCUACUGAGGUGAGCAUCCAAUUAUCAGAUCCUACACUGAAACCUUCAAUCCCAGCAACUGUCCACGAAUCUGAGGAAUCUGGUGAUAUGUCUGGAGGAUCUGGUGAUAUGUCUGGAGGAUCUGGUGAUAUGUCUGGAGGAUCUGGUGAUAUGUCUGGAGGAUCUGGUGACUGGCCUGGGGACUUUGAUAACAUGUCUUUGAACUCUACUUCAAUUUAGCAUAAUAUGUUACAGAGACAAAUGAUACUAAACCAGAGUUAUAACAUACAACUGCCACAUCUUUAACUAUCAAUCGUAGUUACAGCAUACACAUUUUAUAUGAUUGUCUAAUAUUCAUGUUAUAGAUUACCAAGUAUGAACUUCAUGUUCUUAUCUUUACAAAACUAACUGGAUCAGUAGUGUUGGUGAUAAUAACUAAUGCCAUUUGGUUAAAGCAAAUAAAGUAUUCCAUGUAUGAUACGUA